ACAUUUUCUGAUCUCCUACAAAGAAUGCCAUGUUAUUUAUUUUUCUUACUUUAUCUGUCUAAUCUCUGGAAAACACUGCCACGGAAGACGUAUCACCAGCUAUCAUCAGAAAGAGAAAAUAUAGUGGGCUCCUGCCGUUCUCAACACAAAUUAACCCCUUUGCUGUCGCGGAAUGUGACCAAUUUUAUAAAGUUUUUAAAAUAUAAAAUAAUGUGAGGAGAAAAAAACGUGUAUCCACGUAUGUUUUUUUUUUGGAGGAUUAAACCUUAAAUGAUACAUCUUUGUGUUUUGAUAAAAUAAUCGGUGCACGAAUUGAGAUGUACCCCUUUAAACGCCCCUAUAUCUAGAUUGUUCCCGUUUCUGGCUCCUCCUCUUUGGUAUUCUUCCGGAGAUCUGCCAUUUUCGGGACUCACAAUCUGGAUCCGUAGGUAACCCAGACCCGUGUCUCUGGAGCUUUCCCAGGAGAGCUAAAAAUAAAAAAGGCAUCCCUCUCGGAAGCUGUUCCGUUCAUGCGAGAGCACGUUUGCCACCAGGAUCGUGUGGUUUUUGACUGUAAGCGUGGCCCGAUGCUGCUGGCCAGCGAGCCGCUUUGACGUGAACAUUAUUGUAGAGCCAGAAGUACCGGGAUCACGGAGUCACGCCGCCGAUACAUGAGCGGCAGCCGUGUAGAUUAUCAUCAUCAUCAUCAUCAUCAUGCCUCCAGUCUACCUUCGGUUACCUGCCCGGUGAACCAUGGCCCAGAGCCCGGUUAUCCUGCAGUUUUGCUUCUCCACCUUCGGGGAUUCCAUGCUGCAGAAGAUGAACGCGCUACGCCGGCAGAGUCGGUUCUGCGACGUGACGGUCCGCAUCAACGAGCUGGAGGUGCCCGGCCACAAGGUGGUGUUCGCCGCUGGCUCACCCUUCCUCCGCGACCAGUUCUUCCUACAGGACUCACGGGAGGUGCAGAUCUCCAUGCUGCAGAAGGCGGAGGUGGGCCGGCGUCUGCUGCUGUCCUGCUACACCGGCACACUGGAGUUCCCCGAGCUGGAGCUGGUCAACUACCUGACGGUGGCCAGCUUCCUGCAGAUGGGUCACGUCGUGGAGCGGUGCACUGAGGCUCUAAACAAAUUCAUCAAGCCCCGCGAGGCUGCGGAGGAGCGCGCCGUCACACAGGACGGCCGGCGGGACCUGGCGGCGGCCGAGGCGGAGAAGAAGGAGGAAGAGGUGGAGGAGGUGGAUGAUGAUGACGAUGAUGAUGAUGACGACGAUGAUGACGUGAUAAUCCAGCCAUGUUCGCCGCCCUCGAGGCAGACCCGCGAUCGCAGCGAGGGCGAAGAGAGUCCCAUCACCAUCGUGAAGGUGGAGUCUGUGUGCGACCGUGUGACGGACAUGCCCAGCAGCCUACAGGGUCGCUUCCCCGCCUCUGGCUCCGCCCCUCCACUGCACACGCCUGAACCUCAACACUCGCUCAUCAACUCCACCGUUGACACGCGGGCGGGUGAGAUGGCAGCGCCACCCCUUCAGGGCUACACCCUGAGCCCCGCUGGGGGUCCGGCGGGGAAGGGCUCCCUGGGAGGGCACCUGCGCAGUGUAGACAAGGCCCUGCAGUGGUACCACCAGUGCCCCAAAUGUGCCCGCGUCUUCCGUCAGCUGGAGAACUACGCCAACCACCUGAAGAUGCACAAGCUCUUCAUGUGCCUGCUCUGCGGCAAGACUUUCACCCAGAAGGGCAACUUGCACCGGCACAUGCGCGUCCACGCCGGCAUCAAGCCCUUCCAGUGCAAGAUCUGCGGCAAGACCUUCACCCAAAAGUGCUCACUGCUGGACCACCUCAACCUGCACAGCGGUGACAAGCCCCACCGCUGUAACUACUGUGACAUGGUGUUCGCCCACAAGCCAGUCUUGCGCAAGCACCUCAAGCAGAUCCACGGCAAGAACAGCUUCGACAACGCUCACGAGCGCAGCCUCCAGGAAGGUUCCAGCGACUUCGAGUACGGCCGGCUCCAGGAAUGUGGUUCUGACAGCAAACCCCUGCUGAUGGAGGACCCCAUGUAGCGUAGAGAUUGCCCACCCUGCACCUGUCUCCGCAGCCUGCUGGUGCUGUUUACUGUUACUGUGUCGUUUCUGGCUCGGAGACCGACGUGUCCAGGCACUGGAAUGCAAAGCAGAUGCAGGCAGCCGGCUGGACGAUGCCAAAGGCUGUUUAUCAACCCCAAACACUGUGUCCAUUUUAAGAACAUAAGAAAUUUUCAAACGAGAGGAGGUCAUUCUUCCCAAUGAGCCUCAACGUUUUUUUAAAAAAAGCUGCUUAUUUAUCGUUUCUUUUAUUAAAUCUUAGAUCUAAUUUAAAAAGCCGAGAAAGUAACAUCAGCUCAUUGCUUGUUUAAAGGUACAAGCGAAUAUGAAAAACACAUUAUAGAAAGAGAUUGUUGAUCUGAGGUCAGAAGUGCUUGUGAACGCCUGGUUACCUUCUGCAGUGCAUGUGCUGGUCCCCGGGAGCCAUCGCAGUCCCACAGCUUGUCCAGAUAGGCACUGGAUUAUCUGAGACGUUGGUAGGGAAAAGCAGAUGUUGAGUUAAUUCUCAUUUCUGAUGUGAACCAGAUAGAAAACAUUCACCCAUACAUCCACCCUCUAACCAUUUAUCUAGAAGGUCAGGGAGUGAAAACGUUUAUUUUUACAAUCAGUUCAUGGGCUGCUAUUGAAUUGUCAGGUUCGGAACAUUAUGACACAUGGACCAUUGCUGCCGGGGGAUCCUCACACUUAUUCCACACGUAGGUGAUGUGACGGCCAGUUGAUCUACUGUGUUACAUCCCCUGAUGGUUCCUACAGGACUUCAUUGGCGUCCUGUUUUUAUAUGGGCAAAUCCGCAAUUCUUAAUAUUAAUUUGUGUGCGUUUAUGGACUGUCGAAUCACGUGUCUUUUAAGGUCUUUCCGUUUCAACGUUAAAAUGACAGAACCACCAAGGAAUGUGAUGGUGUCACACGGUUCAUUUCACCGGAUGGGUAUAAACGGCGUAUGAGACUCAGCGCGAUGUUAAGCUGCAUUUCGAUAAGGCAGUGUGCAGUUAAAAUGUAUAUUACUGUAAUAUUAUGGUAACUAAUAAAUGCUGCAGCACUGCAGUUGAAACCGGGACUCAGGAAAAAAACUACUCAGACACAGUGUCCAUGUGUGAUUAAGCUACUCACUGCAUCCUCGGUAAAGGAGGGUACAUGUCAUCAUCGGUAUUUUUGAAAUAUUUUGCUUAUUAAAAUCAUUUUAGAAAUGGUUUUGUACAGUUAGGUGAGGUGCGGACUCGUGUGUGCCCGGUAUCAUGUCCUGUCCUUGCAGGCUCACUGCGACCCUCUCUUGCUGUGUUUCUCAUACAGAUAGAUUUUAACUCCCUCCCAACUCUCAGCCAAUAAAAAAAAAACCUGAAUGCCUGGUAAAGGUGUGUGGGGAGCUGGGAGGGAGCAAAAAUGUGGAUUGUCUGGGGGUGUCUGAGUACUCUGUAGAGAAACAUUGUUCUACUGGAUAAUGUGAAUGGAAACAUGGAUGGAUAAGUAAUAGCUUAACUGGAAAGGGUCGUCCAGGGUGGGGAUUAUCUGUCAUAGUUUCCUAGAAUCAUCUGCUGCCUGCCUAACUCUCUCUCUCUCUCUCUCUCUCUCUCUCUCUCUCUCUCUCCUCUCACAUAUUCUGGAAAAUGGGUGGAUGGAUGAUUGGAUUUUUAUAAUUUUUUUUUAAUCGCAGAUGCAUGUGGAAAGGGUUUGGCCAUUUGCUUGCGCACUUAUGAUUCAAUGGCUGGGUUAUCCGUUCGUGGGGCUGGUCAGCCACGCCUGCUUAAUAUUUGUGUUUGUGAAGUUUUACCGAGGGGGGGGGGGGG